UCGACAUCAACACCAUGUCUGCCAACGUCGGUCGAGUGGCCAAGAGAGUGCGCUUGUCUACUCCGGUGUGUCGUGCUUGCCGGUAUGGGUUCUCGUCCUCUGCGCGUCCACUGCAGCAGCAGUCCCAUCGACCAGCUACUCCGCCGCCGCCACCACCACCACCGCAUCAGGAGCAGCAGCGACAUGACCAGACGACGCACUUUGGCUUCGAGACGGUGGCCGAGUCCAUCAAGGCUUCGAAAGUCGGCGCCGUCUUCUCCUCUGUUGCGAGCAGCUACGACACCAUGAACGAUCUCAUGUCCCUCGGCGUGCACCGCGUGUGGAAGGACAAUUUCGUGCGCGGCCUCAAUCCGGGGGUGCGGUACGCAUCGCUGCAGAACAAGGGGCAAGGUCAGAGAAUCCUCGACAUUGCGGGCGGGAGUGGUGAUAUUGCAAUACGCAUGCUCGACCAUGCCACCAACAUCAACGACGACCACGCGACGCACGUCACCAUAUCCGACAUCAACCCCGACAUGUUGAACGAGGGCCGCAAGCGAUUGUUGGCCACCCCUUAUCAUGCUGCUGGCCGAGUCGACUAUCUGGAGGCGAAUGCGGAGCAGCUCGAUACGAUUGAGAGUAAUAGCAUUGAUCUAUACACGGUGGCAUUUGGCAUCAGGAACUUUACGCACAAGGACAAGGCGCUCAAAGAGGCCUUUCGCGUGCUGAAGCCGGGCGGCGUGUUUGCAUGUUUGGAAUUUGCGCCCCAGCUGUCCAAUCCAUUGCUCAACGGGUUGUACAAGAGGUGGUCAUUCAGCGCCAUUCCGCUCAUUGGCCAGGUGGUCGCUGCGGACAGGGACAGCUACCAGUAUCUGGUCGAGAGCAUUGAGCGUUUUCCCUCGCAGAUGGAAUGGGCCACGAUGAUUCAGAAUGCGGGCUUCCUCAUCCCGGGGCAGACGAGCGACGGCACCAUCACUGAAGCAGGAUGGGAGGAUGUCAGUUUCGGCAUAGCUGCCAUUCACAAGGGCGUGAAGCCACUAUAGAUUGAUAUACUGCAUAUUCGUUGUAAUUUGUAGAGCAGUCAGCGCUGGACGACCACACCCAAGAAAGGACACGGUGUUCGCGUCGCCAAGCUCAUUCGCCGGUGAAGGAAAUCAUGCCAUGCUGAUCUGCAUGUGAAAUGUACAAGGUUCAGCUUCCAGGGGCUAGACUGGUAUCAAUCGCGCCAUUCCUCUUUUUCUCGGCAACAGAAUGGUAUAACACACACACCUCUCAGUAGUGAUGAUGAAGGCAUGCAGCUGAGCUAGAU